AUGGAGAAUCAGAUUCUGGAGAUUAACUUGAUCUCCGCCCAGGGUUUGAAGGCGCCGCCCUCUAACUUACGCAAGAUGCAAACUUACGCCCUCACCUGGGUCAACUCCGCCGCCAAGCUCCGAACCCGAGUCGACUCACUCGGUGGCGAAAACCCUACCUGGAACGACAAGUUCCUCUUCCGCGUCUCCGACGAAUUCGUCUCCUGCGACACCUCCGCCGUCUCCGUCGAGAUUUUCGCCGUCGGAUACAUCAAGGAUAUCCUCAUCGGCACCGUGCGAUUCCUCCUCAGCACGUUCCUCACGCUGUGCGCCCCCGCGGCGGCCGAGAGCCCUACUAGAACCCCAGCCUUCACCGCCGUGCAGAUCCGCCGCCCCUCCGGGAGAUUCCUCGGCGUCCUCAACAUCGCCGCCGCAGUAUACUACUCCUCCGAUUAUCCGACUCUGGACAAGGUCCCGGCCGUCAGCUUUCGCGAAUUAAUGGAGAAGAAGACGAGCAGGCUGCGGCGCCUCAGCCGCAGCGACUCGAUGCGGAGCCAACAGUCCUCCGGCGGAGAGUCGUGCGAUUUCUCCGACGCCGACUCCACGACGUCGUCGUCCUCGUCGGCGUCGACGGCGCUGAAGGAGUGGAACUGCAUCCGAGAAAUGGCGGGAAAGAUGAAAGGGGCGAAAUCCAGCGGCGGUGGAUUGCUGUGCGGGCUGAUGGUGGCGAGGAAGAUCCCAUCCUGUCCGUCCAAUCUUAAUCUUGACACGUGGGAGGAUAAUCCUAAAGGGGGUCGGUGA